UUCCACCUUGUGGUUUUUCCCAUUACAGUCUUGCAAGAGCAGCUGCACUUGGCUGACUUUCUCUUCUCCUAAAGAUACAGGAUCAGUCUCAGGCCCUGAGCCUGGCAACCCUACCUGCCCUGCUUAAACAUUAAACCCUUGGGAUCCCCAGGUUAAGCUGCCUCUUCGUGCUGGACCUUGGACCUUCACGCACUCAAGCAGCCAUGAGGCAGAAGAGAGGUAAGCUGCUGAGGAGAGGGUGGUUCAGGGCACCCCCAAACUGGACAGCCCAGCAAGGAUGUGAACCGGUGCCUAUAAAGGCCGAGGACACAACAAUCGCUCCCCAGCCGGCCACAAAGGGGCUUCAGGACACCACGGAGUUAACCACCAUGAAAUUUGAAUUUAACCCGAAAGAUGGGAUCGAUAACCCAGCCCUGUCGCUGGCGGAGGAUUCUGAGUUGGAGGGAGCCGCUCAGGUGCGCUUCUGCUUUCUGAAGAAAGAAGAUGGCGAAAGCUUUGGGUUCUGGCUGCGUCAGGAGGUGGGUGACAGCGGGCACAUUGUGCGACAGGUGACGCCUGGGGGCCUGGCCCACCGCAGAGGCCUGUGCAGUGGUGACCGGAUCCUCGAGGUGAAUGGUGUGUCUGUUGAAGGCAUGGAGCACUUUAGGGUGGUUUGGAAGAUCAAGAGCAGCGGAAAGCAGGUCUCGCUCACCGUUCUGGCUGGGACGGCCUACGACUUGGCAAAAGCCCUCAGCCAGGACCUUGCUCAGCUCUUGCCGUGUCACAACAGGCCACAGCUGUGUCAUGUUGUCAAGGACCAAAGUGGCUUUGGCUUCAGCGUUUCAGCUCCAGAAGGUGUGAAGGGCACGUUCCGGCUAUCUGUGCCAAGGGAUGGGCCGGCUCAUCAAGCGGGAGUGCUGGACGGUUCGUGGCUUCUGGAGCUCAACGGUGUCAGCGUCAAGAACUGGACUCCUGCUCAGCUUCAAAAAAAGCUCAAACACAGCAGCAAUCCAAUGGGACUGCUGGUGAUCGAUGUUGAAUCGGAGGAGUUUUACCGGCAACGUGGCGUUAAAGUUACAGCCACCAUGGCUGACGCCUCUUGGGUCCCUUUCAAAGUGAGGAAGCUCCCGAUGGUGAGAGGGCCAGAUGGCUAUGGAUUCCUGCUGAAGGAAGAAAAACGUUGCACAGGAGAGGGAGGCCAGUUUCUGAGGGAGAUUGAAUCUGGGCUGCCAGCUGAGAAGGCAGGGAUGAGAGAUGGCGACCGCCUCCUGGCUGUGAAUGGCGAGAGCACCGAAGAGCUGGAUCACCAGAAGGUAGUCUUGAGGAUCCGUGCUGACAGCAGCCGGGUGACCCUGUUGGUCAUUGAUGCAGAAGGAAGCAAGUUCUAUGACUUGGUUGGAUUAUCACCUCUCCUUUUCUACGAUGACCCUGACCCCCCGUCAGGCUUGCGCGCUACUCCUGCCUCCCCUUCGCCCAGCGUGCUUCAGGGGAACAGCAGCCCCUCCUUCAGCCCCUGCUCCUGUCAUCUCAGAAGGAGCCUCCAUGAGAAUGGACUGCAGCACCAGUCUGGCGACGGCUCAUUCGCCUUCAUGGAAGAGGGCCAGGAUGGAUUGAGCCAGGCAUUCUAGAACCUGCCAGGUUGUCAUCCCAGAGUACAACCUCAGCUCAGUUCUGGAAGGGGCUGAGCUCCCACUUGUGGCAGAAGUGAGCACCUUUGCACAGAUGUUGAUUUUUACCAUCACGCUGCUGCCUUGUUGAUCAGUCCUUCUCCAAAUCCUGAAAAUCCUUCCUGUGGAUUCUUCUAAUUGAGCUGUGGUCUCAGGCAGGGCACACGGAUUAGAGGCAGAAGCUCUGAGCCCCACAUGAAUCAAACAGGAGGAGAGUAUCCUUUUGUCUGCUCUGGAGUGCGACUUCAUGAACCAAGAGGCUGGAAGACUCAUUGUGCAGCCCUGAGCAUGAAAGUGAACUAAGCUGUGUUAAAUAGAAAUGAACCUUUGUUUAGAAUUAUUGUUGCUAAGAGAGGCAGCAAGAGUGUUUGAGAACCUCUUCAUCAGAGAUAUGUAAAAGGCGUGUGGUUAGCAACAGAAAGGUACUUGGCACGCACUCAGGCACAGUCAUUGCUAUUGCUCCACACGUUUUGGGUCUGAUACCAGGCUCCACUUAAACUUCAAUGCUAAACUGAGUUGAGGGUUAGGACAUGGCAUGCUCUGGGCAACAUCCCUUCAGACCUCCAGCGGGUUGAGUCCAAAAUCUUUCAGCCGGUGCUUAUAUUCCAUGUGGAUGACUGUAGCCUCCUUCUCCCAGCUGAGCUUGGCACUUUGCAGCUUGGAGAGGACACAGUCCAGGCUACCCUGCAGAAAGGAGAAGAGAAGCAAGAGGCAGGGUGAGGAAUGUGCGUGUGGCUUCAAGGGAUGGUGACCAGAAGUGAGGCGUCUUUCAGUCCUGUAGCUGCAUUCCGAGAAUGCUCACAGGACUGAAGAGCUGCUGCAGAAUAGCAAGAAUGUGCACCUAAGAAUGUCUUGUUUCUUGGGCCAUUUUUUGACUAAACAACACUCAAAAUGCUGGAAGCAAGCUUUUGAGUUGCACAGAACACUUCGGGCGCAAGUGUUCACAGCAAAGCUGUUUGUUAACCAUUCUUUAAAAAGGUGGAUCUAUUUCAACAGCUGGUAACCAGCCAAAAAAGUUCUACAGAAGGCUGUAAGGAGGCAGCAAUUUCCACCCUGUCCUGUGUUCAAUGCAAGUAGCACUGUUUCCAUUCCACUACAUUUUGGCUUCCGCUAAAACAUAUGUUGUUCAUCUCAUUACCCGCUAUGGCCAAAACUAAUGUAGUUAAUUGUGUAAUUAAUUACGUGAACAGUUUCAGUGGAAGGGAAACAUCAAAAACAAUGCAGAAAACAAUGCAAUUAUUUACGUAACAUUGCGAACUGAAAAAAGACAGCGAAUGCUGCUUGUAUUUGCUUGCAUGAUUUCCGUCUGGACCUCCAACGAACACGCACAUUGUAGCAAUUUCUGCUCCCAUUUCUGACGGAAUACUGCAACAUCCUUAAUUCUAUACCCCUGUUCUUCAGCCUCGGGUCCCCAGAUGUUCUUGGACUACAACUCCCAUCAUCCCCAGCCCCCUGAGCCACUGGUCAAGGGAUCAUGGGAGUUGUAGUCCAACAACAUCCAGGGACCCAAAGUUGAAGGAUGCUGUUCAGCACUAUAGUCCCUGUGUUUUAGAGCAGGCAAUGAGCCACCGAAGUUACGUACAGCACCCAGCACAUCCUAGAGCUCAACCCCUGUGGGAAUAAGAGAACCCCUCUCCCUCUCCCUUGGAAUCUGUGCCCAGCUGCCACCCGCCCAACUCACAUGCAGGAUUUUUUCAUAUUCCGUCUCCAUCUCGUCAAUCUUGCGCUGCAUCUCGGCAAGGGCCUUGUCCUUCCCUUCCAGCAUCCUUCCCGUGUCCGCCCGGCUUUGCGACAGAUCCUUUUGGCAGGUGGCUGCAGGGCAGAAACGGUGGGGCAUGGAGGAGGAGGAAGCAAAGAUGGGUAGGGAAGAAAAUCAGAGCAGAGAAGGUUCUAAAGGCUGAAGCUCAGCGGCAGAGCGCAUGCUUUGCAUGCAGAAGGUCCCAGGAUCUCCAAGUAGGGAUGCGAACGGCUGCAGUGCCAACAGUACUGAGCUAGAUGGAUCAAUGGUUUGACUCGGUCUAAGACAGCUUCCUAUUUUCGAAAAUAGCAGGUAGCAGAAAUCUAAGAAAUGGGGGCUAAGAAGUUGGGGGGGGUAGAGUGUGGAUGAGGUUGCUGCCCGAGACGGCUUAAGAACUCCCAUUUUCCUAUUGCUUUUAAAUGUGGCAAAAGUUCUAUCGUGGAAUGGACCUCUUUAAUUCCCAGAGAUCAUAUUCUGGUGGGCUUACACUCCAAUUUCAUCUGGGCCAGAAUCUAUCCCCUUAAUGCAAACUGAGAAGGGCAUCUUCAGGCUUUUUUUUUUUUUUAACUGGAUUAGACAAACUAAUUUACUAUCUCAAGGUUUGGCCAGCUACGAUUCAUCCACGAUCCCUCCCUCCAACAAGAAGCAAACAGGCUCGACUUUCUCAUUUGCCUGGAGCUACAGGCACUGCAAAUCUGCACACAGAAUUCCAGCUUCUGCAACCAGUAUACAAAGAUUCCACAACUGGAAUACAUUAUUUGUUAUUGACCAUUUCUUUGGAGGUUUGUAUACUAAUUUUAAAAAAUGCUGAUUGUAAUAAAUUAUGC